GCGAGUCUGAGGGAAGCUCUAGUGUGUCCCGUGCUUUGAGCUGUGACCGGCUACUAGGAGCUGUGAGGAGAGCGGGCGAGCUGGGGAUCCGCGCCAUGGAUGCGGUGACCUAUGAGGAUGUGUAUGUGAAAUUCACUCAUGAAGAGUGGGCUUUGCUGGAUCCUUCCCAGAAGAGUCUCUACAAAGAUGUGAUGCUGGAGACAUGCAGGAACCUCACUGCUAUAGGCUACAAAUUGCAAGAUGACAACAUUGAAGAGCACUGUCCAAGUUCUAGAGGAUGUGGAAGGUAUAACAUCUAUGGAUACAAGCCUUGUGAGCAUAAGGGAUAUGGAAAGAAGCAAUGUACCUUUGCACAGAAGCGUUUUCUUCAAACAUAUGAAAGAAUCUGUUCUGAAGAGAAACCCUAUGAAUGCAAUCAGUGCAGUAAAGCCUUUGCAAAUUUCCGUAGUCUUCAGAAACAUGAAAAAAAUCAUACUAGAGAAAAACCCUAUGAAUGUAAUCACUGUGGUAAAGCCUUUCCAAGUCGCAGUGCUCUUCAGAUUCACCAAAGAACUCAUACUGGAGAGAAACCCUUUGAUUGCAGUGAAUGUGGUAAAGCAUUUGCACGUCACAGUAAUCUUGAUAUACACAAAAGAACUCAUACCGGAGAGAAACCCUAUGAUUGCAAUGAAUGUGGUAAGGCCUUUUCAACUCGCAGUCAUCUUCAAAUACAUGAAAUAAUUCAUACUGGUGAGAAACCCUAUGUAUGUAAUCAGUGUGGUAAAGCCUUUGCAUAUCGCAGCAAUCUUGAAGCACAUGAGAAAACACACACUGGAGAGAAACCCUAUGAGUGUAAUCAGUGUGGCAAUGUCUAUGCAAGUCGUAGUAGUCUUCGAAAUCAUGAAAAACAUCAUACUGGAGAAAAACUCUAUGGAUGUAAUCAAUGUGGUAAAGCCUUUGCACGUCGUAGUAGUCUUGAAAUACAUGAAAGAACUCACACUGGAGAGAAACCUUAUGUAUGUAAUCAGUGCUGUAAAGCUUUUGCACGUCGCAGCAGUCUUCAAAUACAUGAAAGAAGUCACACUGGAGAGAAACCCUAUGAAUGUAAUCAGUGUGGUAAAGCCUUUGCAAGUCGUACUAGUCUUCAAAAUCAUGAAAAACAUCAUACUGGAGAGAAACCAUAUGGCUGUAACCAAUGUGAUAAAGCCUUUGAAUUAAAGUGUGAUCUUCAAAUUCAUGAAAGAAUUCACACUGGAGAGAAACCGUAUGUAUGUAAUCAAUGUGGUAAAGCCUUUGUAAGUCGUCGUUAUCUUCGAAAUCAUGAAAAACAUCACACUCUUGAGAAACUCUAUGAUUGUAGUCAAUGUGGUAAAUCCUUUGCAAUUUUCAGAUAUCUUCAAAAACACAAAAAAACUCAUACUGGAGAGAAACCAUAUAAAUGUACUCAUUGUGGUAAAGCCUUUGCAUAUCGCAGUAAUCUUUAUAGACAUGAAAGAAGUCAUACUGGAGAGAAACUGUAUGAAUGUAAUGAAUGUGGUAAAGCCUUUGCAUAUCAUACUAGUCUUCAUAAUCACAAAAAAUGUCAUAUUGGAGAGAAUCCUUACGAAUGUAAUUGAUGCAGGAAGUUUUGGCACAUCAGCUCAUUAAAGAACUUAUACUGGAGAGAAACCCUAUGAAUGUAAUCAGUGGGAUAAUGCCUCUGCAUCUUAUAGUCUUCUUCAAAAGCAUGAAAGAAGCCCUACUGGAGAGAAACACUAUGAAUCUAAUAAGUGCAGUAAACCCUUGAACACCAAGCAUAUUUUCUUUUUGUCAUUAAACAUCUAACUGGUGCUCAUGUACAAUUAAUAGGACCGUUUCAUCAUUAAAUUAUUGUCUUGUUUUCAAAUUGUAUACUAAUUGUCAUUCAAGGGGGCUGGUGAGAUGGCUCAGUGGGUAAGAGCACCCGACUGCUCUUUCGAAGGUCCGGAGUUCAAAUCCCAGCAACCACAUGGUGGCUCACAACCAUCUGUAAACAAGAUCUGACUCCACUCUUCUGGAGUGUCUGAAGACAGCUACAGUGUAUUUACAUGUAAUAAAUAAAUAAAUCUUUAAAAAAAAUUGUCAUUCAAGGAUAGAGGAACACACGAUAUUUGAAUAAUAAAACCUAUUUGCAAAUGAAAAUGAUAUACUGCCAUCUAUUUUUGUUGGCUAUGUUUUUUUCUGAGGAGUAACCACUUCCCAACACAUCCUAGAAACACGAAUGUCAGAGAAGUUUCCCAGUGAGUAAACGUAGUUGCUGUUAAACAUGAUGACCUGAGAUUAUUCUGGGAGACCCAUGGUACUCAUGCAAGUUUUUUCUGAUUAUUAAAUACUUGGGCUGUGACAUGUGCACACCCAGACAACAGCACAUGCAUAAAUAGUUUUGAAACUUCAAUAAGGACCAGUGAGUUCACUCACUGCUUGAAGGCACUGCUGUGUAACUUGACUGUCUGGGUUUGAUCUCUCAAACUCAGAGGAAGAAGGAAAUUAAACACCUAUAAGUUGUCUUCUGAUUGGCACAUGCUCAUCAUAGCACAGGUGUAUUUUUUUAAAUUUAUUUAUGUAUAUGUGUACACUGUUGCUAUCUUCAGAGGCACCAGAAGAGGGCAUCAGAUCCCAUUACAGAUGGUUGUGAGCUGCCAUAUGGUUGCUGGGAAUUGCUCUCUGGAAGAGCAAUCAGUUCUCUUAACCACUGAGCCAUCUCUCCAGCCUAAAAAGCUCAUCUUACACAGGUAAAAAUUAUUAAAGAUGAAAUUAUGAAGGAAAGAAAAUAAGCAAAAUAUUGAGAACCUAAGAAAUGAUUUACCACUCACAAUUGAUACGUUGUAUUCCAAGAAGUGUUCAUCAAAAGAAUAAGGGUUCCUAUUUAAAUUUUACAAUAUCCUUUCAUUCCUUAUUCAAUGAUAGGUCAUUUAAAAAACAACUCUGCUCGGUGUUGAGUUGUAAGCCUGUAAUCCCAGCCUUGGGAGGCACACAGAUGUAUUUCUGUGUUUGAGGCCAGCUUGGAUCACAAGAUGACAUAGUUGUGUAGAGAUAUUCUGUCUCAUAAAGUCCAAAACAAACAAAACAUCAAUAACAUUCUCCCCACCCCUAAACCAAACAACCAUAUCUCUCAUUAUGGAUCUUUUUCUAAUAAUCUGGAUGUAGCGAGAAUAUUGUAAUAUUGGUAUCUUUAAUAAACUGAAAUAUAGGAUUUUGUUUGUUUAAUCCCAGGUUUGAGGAUAUGGGGCUGAUUCACAGCAGGUAACUAUAAUUUGCCUUAUGGUCUAGCAGAGGAGGCAGAUUCUUUGUGCAAUUGUGUGACACUUGUAAUUCUGAGGAUGUUUCAGAGGGCAUGUAAAUGCUAAGGCCCUGACAGGUGGUGUGGGUUACUGGUUGGUGGUGGGAUGCUAUUGGCCAUGGUUUGUUACAUAGUCAUGCACAAAGAAACAAGAAAUUAGAUCUCCUGAUGAGGAAAAUCAAAGUUGCCUCAAGGAACUUGACAUUCUGAAUCAGCAGGAUGUAGUUUAUUGAUAGCAUCACUCCCUUUUUUCCUCUAUACUUUUUUUCUCACCUAUUUAGUAUUAGAUAUUUGAAGGAGUAAAAGAAGGGAGGUGGAGGAGGGUGAAAGAAAGAACCCAGCAAGUAGCAAACACCUGCUACAUCUAGACUCACCUCUAGUCAACCAAGUUUGUCGUCCUCACUCUUAUCAAAAGAACUGUGAUAAAAAUACCAGUGAGCAGCAAUUUGUAAAGCCCAUUCACAAAGAGAUAGAUAAUGCAUUCAAUUCUUCAAAUGACCAUGUACUAGGGACUUUUCAGCACCAGAAAGUGAUUGAAGGCAGAGGCCUAAUGGGGCCUGUUCAUUUUCUGCAUUAUAAUGGCAUAUUUAGGGUCCAGAAUGUGUCUCAAUAGUACUGAUCAUGUUGGGUACCCAGAUGUUUUCUAGCACCCACAUCAGAUGAUUCAGAACUGCAAUUCCAGGUGCAGAAGGUUUGAUGCACUCUUCUGGCUUCCUUAGACACCAUGUCUACCAAGGAAAGACACACAUUCACCGCCACACACAUACAUGGGAUUACAUAUUGUAAAACGUGCUUUCUUCACAUGUGUAUGUUAUUUUUUCUAAAUAAAAAUAAUUUAAUUCAUGUGUAUUGUUGUGAUAGAGUCCUGGAAUCGAGUUGUGUGAGAAGUCUUGAGUGCUUGUGAGAACACUCCUGAAAAACAGGAGGAAGAGUCUUGUGACCUCAGUUUCUUCAAAUCACAGACUUGUCUUUGGAACCUCUCAGGCAUAGCAGACAGUAGCGAGUGAGAAUACUCAUUGGUUGCUGUUGUUCAAUUGAAAGUUUAAACUAUGCUAUAUAUGCUUCCAUUGGAAAGCGGGUGUGUGACACUUGUGCUUGUUCUUGUCAUUGUAUACGGCUUGAGUUCCUGAGAGCUGUACUCAGGUAGCAUUUCUUAACCCUCAGAGUAUAAAUUGACUCAGGCUCUGUAUAACAUUGGCUAUUGUAUGAGACAUUAGUCCAGCACUUAUAUUGGCUCCGCUCUCUCAGGAACCCCUACUUGUGGAACAGUGACAGAAGCUGAAAGGACUUGUAAAUCAGCAAUGAAAUCAGAGUGGGAGCCCUCUCAGGCCGUGAGUGAGAACGAUGGGAAGAAACCAGCAACAGCUUUGCCUUAUGUUGAGCGUGUGCAUUUUGAAAGGAAGAACCAUAAAUAUUAAGAUCACACCUAUUAAAGUUCUUGUAAGUUA